GUUCUAAUAAAGAUUCUCCAUUUUUUCAUCGUACGCUCAAACACCGUAACAUUCUCCUGACUUUAAACUUAUACUCUCUGAGGCAAGGCAACGAAAGACUGAGAAUAAUCUCUCUUUUCUCUGCUGAGAGAAUCACAAACUCGGAAGGAGAGAUCAGAGAAUACAAUGGUGGAAGGAGGGAUAGCUAAAGCUGACAAAACAGAGUUCACAGAGUGUUGGAGAACGACAUGGAAGACUCCUUACAUCAUGAGAUUAGCUCUCUCCGCUGGUAUCGGAGGUCUUCUCUUCGGUUACGAUACCGGUGUCAUCUCUGGAGCUCUUCUCUUCAUCAGAGAAGAUUUCGACGAAGUUGAUAAGAAAACAUGGCUUCAGUCUACUAUUGUUAGUAUGGCUGUCGCCGGAGCCAUCGUCGGAGCUGCCGUCGGUGGUUGGAUUAACGAUAAGUUUGGUAGGAGGAUGUCCAUUCUUAUUGCUGAUGUUCUUUUCUUGAUCGGUGCGAUUGUGAUGGCGCUUGCUCCUGCUCCGUGGGUUAUUAUCAUUGGCAGAAUCUUUGUUGGGUUUGGUGUUGGUAUGGCUUCGAUGACGUCGCCGUUGUACAUCUCUGAAGCUUCUCCGGCGAGGAUUAGAGGUGCACUUGUUAGUACUAAUGGUCUUCUCAUCACUGGAGGACAGUUCUUCUCCUACCUUAUCAAUCUUGCUUUUGUCCAUACUCCGGGAACAUGGAGAUGGAUGUUGGGAGUUGCGGGAGUUCCGGCUAUAGUUCAGUUUAUGCUUAUGUUGUCUCUGCCGGAGUCUCCACGGUGGUUAUACAGGAAGGACAGGAUUGCGGAGUCCAGAGCGAUUCUAGAGAGGAUUUACCCGGCGGACGAAGUGGAGGCGGAGAUGGAAGCUUUGAAAGAGUCUGUAGAGGCGGAGAAGGCGGACGAGGCAAUCGUCGGAGAUAGCUUCAGCGCAAAAAUGAAAGGAGCUUUUGGGAAUCCCGUUGUUCGACGUGGACUUGCAGCUGGUAUCACAGUGCAAGUGGCACAGCAAUUUGUGGGGAUCAACACUGUCAUGUACUACAGUCCUUCGAUUGUGCAAUUCGCUGGUUAUGCCUCCAACAAGACAGCUAUGGCCUUGUCUCUCAUUACUUCUGGUCUCAACGCUUUGGGUUCGAUUGUGAGCAUGAUGUUUGUGGAUAGGUAUGGUAGAAGGAAGCUGAUGAUUAUCUCUAUGUUUGGGAUCAUAACAUGUCUUAUCAUAUUAGCCACUGUGUUCUCACAAGCGGCCAUUCACGCACCCAAGAUCGAUGCGAUGGAGUCAAGGACGUUUGCUCCAAAUGCUACUUGUCCAGCGUUUGUCCCGCUAGCAGCCGAAAAUGCUCCCCCGUCGAGGUGGAACUGCAUGAAGUGUCUCAGGUCAAAAUGUGGUUUCUGCGCCAGUGGAGUACAGCCUUAUGCACCAGGAGCUUGUGUGGUGUUGUCGGAUGACAUGAAAGCAACUUGCAGCUCAAGAGGAAGAACAUACUUCAAAGAUGGGUGUCCAAGCAAGUUUGGUUUCUUAGCAAUAGUGUUUUUGGGGCUUUACAUCAUUGUGUAUGCUCCAGGUAUGGGCACUGUCCCAUGGAUUGUCAACUCUGAGAUUUAUCCACUCAGAUAUAGAGGUCUUGGUGGAGGAAUAGCUGCCGUCUCGAAUUGGGUCUCCAACCUCAUUGUGAGUGAGAGCUUCCUCUCACUUACCCACGCUCUCGGCUCCUCUGGGACCUUCCUUCUUUUUGCUGGCUUCUCCACAAUCGGACUAUUCUUCAUUUGGUUGCUCGUGCCUGAGACCAAAGGGCUUCAGUUUGAGGAAGUUGAGAAGUUGCUCGAAGUCGGCUACAGGCCCAGUCUCUUGCGGCGAAGGAACAAGAAGGGCAAAGAUGUCGAUACGGCUUAAGACGAUGAUGAUCACUGAUCUCUCUCUCUAUGCUUUUUACUGUUUCGGCAACCAAUUCCAAAUUCUACAUUGUAAGAAAUCAGAUUGGAAUACGAAAUAUCAAAGACCUUUUAAAUCC